CUAAGGUUGGGGGCUGGCAGCGGCGGCAGCAGGGAGCUGGGAAGCUGAGAAGCCGGGAGCGCGGGGCUCAGUCGGGGGGCGGCGGCGGCGGCGGCUCCGGGGAUGGCGGCGGCUCCGCUGCUGCUGCUGCUGCUGCUCGUGCCCGUGCCGCUGCUGCCGCUGCUGGCCCAGGGGCCUGGGGGCGCGCUGGGAAACCGACAUGCGGUAUACUGGAACAGCUCCAACCAGCACCUGCGGCGAGAGGGCUACACGGUGCAGGUGAACGUGAACGACUAUCUGGAUAUUUACUGUCCGCACUACAACAGCUCAGGGCCUGGCGGCGGGGCGGAGCAGUACGUGCUGUACAUGGUGAGCCUGAGCGGCUACCGCACCUGCAACGCUAGCCAAGGCUCCAAGCGCUGGGAAUGCAACCGGCAGCACGCCUCGCACAGUCCCAUCAAGUUCUCCGAGAAGUUCCAGCGCUACAGCGCCUUCUCGCUGGGCUAUGAAUUCCACGCCGGCCAAGAAUACUACUACAUCUCCACGCCCACUCACAACCUGCAUUGGAAGUGUCUGAGGAUGAAGGUGUUCGUCUGCUGCGCCUCCACAUCGCACUCCGGGGAGAAGCCGGUCCCCACUCUCCCCCAGUUCACCAUGGGCCCCAAUGUGAAGAUCAACGUGUUGGAAGACUUUGAGGGAGAGAAUCCCCAGGUGCCCAAACUUGAGAAGAGCAUCAGCGGGACCAGUCCCAAGCGGGAACACCUGCCUCUGGCCGUGGGCAUCGCCUUCUUCCUCAUGACGCUCUUGGCCUCCUAGCUCUGCCCCUUCCUAUGACAGAGAGAGGUGGGGCAGGGCUGAGAAGGAGCAGGGAGCCAGCUGUGGGGUCUACAUCCUUCUUCCCAUGGUUGGGAGUGGGGCCUGCACUGUACAUCUAUCUGUGCCUGCCUUCUUUGCCCACACUCUAGGACAGGCACCGUAGUGGAUCAGGCACAAGGACAGCCACAGGUCCCAGGUGGCCUGUGGCUUUGGUAAUGUUUGGUACCAAACCUGGGGUAUAAAGGCAGCGCUCAGGACUCCCUGGCCCCUGGUACCUUUCCCUGACCCUUGGUGCCCUCCCUCUUUGUCGCCCAAGAGGCAAAUAUGCCCCAGAGAGAACAAAUGAAGCAUGGGAGGUGCCCCCUGUCACUCUCCUCUGGGGCAGAACAGGGGGAGGGGACUAGAUGGGGGAGGGGUGGAGCCUCAGGCUGCCCCUUCCCCUGUUUACAGCAAUAAGCAUGUCCUCCCUCCACUCCCACAUAGAGGACUGUGGUUUGGAUUGAAUCCAAGUUUACAAAUAGACACCCCUGGGGGGAGCAGGCAGUGGACAGGGGUGGGCAUUGGGGUGCCAGACAGGCAUGUACAGACUCUAUAUCUCUAUAUAUAAUGUACAGACAGAGCCCCUUCCUCUUCUUAACCUUGACCUUUCUUGACUUCCCCUUCCAGAUUCAGACCCCUCCCUCACCAGGUUAGGCCCCCCUUGGGACCCCCCUGGCCCCUCUUUUGUCUUCUGUGAAGACAGGACCUAUGCAACGCACAGACACUUUUGGAGACCGUAACAACAAUGCCCCCUCCCUUCCAGCCCUGAGCCGGGAACCAACUCCCAGGACCUUGCCCUGCCACCCUAUGUGGUCCCCACCCAUCCCGGGCCUUUUUCAAGUGCUUUGGCUGUGACUUUCAUACUCUGCUCUUAGUCUAAAAAAAUAAACUGGAGAUAAAAAUA